AUGGAAUUCAACAAGUGCAGAAUCAGAAGUUAUGAGGGACAAUACGAUAGGGCUCAAGUGGAAGAUCUUGAGAGAAGAUGUGAGGUAGGACCAUCAGAAAGCGUGUUCCUCUUCACAGACACUAUGGGUGACCCCAUUUGUAGGAUCCGAAACAGUCCAAUGUACAUGAUGCUGGUGGCAGAGUUGGAGAAUGAAUUGGUUGGUGUGAUUCAAGGGUCUAUAAAGGUGGUGACGGUUCAUGGUCAUCCUCCAAAGGAUUUGGCGAAGGUGGGGUAUGUCCUUGGCCUAAGGGUAUCACCCCAUCACCGAAGAAAAGGGAUUGGCUCAAGCCUUGUGAGAAGGCUAGAAGAAUGGUUCAGUUCGAAGGAUGUGGACUAUGCAUAUAUGGCAACAGAAAAAGACAACCAUGCCUCGGUUAGUCUCUUCAUGGACAAGUUUGGCUACACCAAGUUCAGGACUCCAGCUAUUCUUGUGAAUCCGGUGAACCAUCAUUGCUUUCAAGUAUCAUCCAACAUUGAGAUAGCAAGGUUGAAGGUUGACCAAGCUGAAUACAUCUAUAGAAGAUUCAUGGGGUCCACAGAGUUCUUUCCUAAUGAUAUAGGAAGCAUACUCAGGAACAAGCUGAGUCUGGGAACAUGGGUGGCCUAUUUCAAAGGAGAUAUUGCUUGGGGGGAUUUCGGUUCAGAUGGACAAGUCCCUAAUAGUUGGGCUAUGCUGAGUGUAUGGAACAGUGGGGAGAUAUUCAAGCUAAGGCUAGGGAAAGCACCUUUUUCUUGCUUGUUAUGCACCAAGAGUUGGUGGUUGAUUGAUAAAAUCUUCCCAUGCUUGAAAUUGCCCACCAUACCUGAUUUCUUCAACCCAUUUGGGUUCUAUUUCAUGUAUGGGGUGCACCAUGAAGGCUCAUUCUCAGGGAAGCUAGUGAGAGCCUUGUGCCAAUUUGUGCACAACAUGGCUGCUGAAUCCAAGGGUGAGAAUUGCAAGAUCAUUGUGACUGAAGUUGGAGGAAGAGAUGAGUUAAACCAUCAUAUUCCACAUUGGAAAUUGCUCUCAUGCCCAGAAGACUUGUGGUGCAUAAAGUCAUUGAAAAAUGAAGGGACAAAUAACAAGUUCCAUGAAUUAACCAAAACCCCACCAACAAGAGCUCUUUUUGUAGACCCAAGAGAGGUUUAA